AUGGAUGGCAAGCGCCCAGCGCCCGAUGACGCUCAAUAUGGCUCUUCUGGCGCACUUAAAUGGCAACGAACUCUCCUUGACAACUGGGAUGGCGAGAGACGACGUCCCACCGAUGGCAUACCGCAAGAGUAUCACCGCUACGCAAUCGCCUGGAUCUGCGCGUUGCCCAUAGAGCUAGUAGCUGCGGAAGCCAUGCUAGACGAGAAGCACGACGUCCUCCCUUCUUACGCUCCUUGUGGUAACGCCUACACGGUCGACACUAAUAUCUACACUUUGGGAAGCAUAUGGGGCCAUAACGUUGUCAUCGCAUGCUUGCCGGCGUAUCAAUAUGGUACAAAUAAUGCGGCGAAUGUGACGACUCACCUUGUCCGUACUUUUCCCUCAAUCCAAUUAGCACUUAUGGUAGGCAUCGGAGGUGGUGUGCCUAGCAGUGCUAGAGAUAUUCGGUUGGGAGACGUUGUUGUUGGUGUUAGAACAAUGCAAUAUGAUCUUGGGAAGAUCGUUGCAGCUGCUGAAAUUCAACGCACUGCAAUUGCCAGGACUCUUCACCAAUCCUUCGGAAAAGCCAUCACAGUCUUGCGUGCUAGACAUGACCGAGAACCCAGUCAAGUAUAUUCGAUCCUCACGGAAAAGUUUGCAAACCUUCCGCACUACGGUCGCCCAACGGUGCCUGAUCACCUUUUCCUUUCAACGUACGACCAUCCGGAGUCAACAACUACGUGUGACGACUGCGACCCAACGAAACGUAUGCCUCGACGCGCGCGGUUGAAAGACAACCCUGUCAUUCAUUAUGGAGCGAUAGCAUCUGGCAAUCAAGUUAUGAAGAAUGCCGUCGAAAGAGACCUUGCUGCUCGUACUCUGGAUAUAAUUUGUUUCGAAAUGGAGGCAGCUGGAAUCAUAGACAUUGUUCCCUGCCUACCAAUACGCGGAAUCUGCGACUAUGCAGAUUCUCACAAAAAUAAGGCCUGGCAGAGGCACGCCGCAGCUAUAGCGGCAGCCUACGCCAGAGAAUUGCUUUCUGUAAUUCCCUCAGCUGAAUCCGGUACACAAUCUAUCUCGUGCCUGGGCCCUUCACAAAUACAGCUUAAUCUAUACCAAAGACAGGCUCAGCUGGUGGAAGCUCUGAAGUUUGAUCAGAUGGACUCCCGUCAAUCAACUGUGAAGAAGGCACAUAUCAAGACAUGCACAUGGUUUAUCAGACAUCUAGACUACCAACGAUGGCUUAAAAGAGAAGAAUUCAGGCAACAUCACGGGUUACUAUGGAUUCGUGGUAAGCCAGGCGCUGGAAAGUCGACAAUCAUGAAAUUCGCCUUGUCCGAAAUGCAGAAAGACCCUGAUUGGUCCCCACUCGCGGUUUCGUUCUUCUUCAAUGCCAGAGGCGAAUAUUUGGAAAGAUCAAAUGAAGGGAUGUACCGUUCUUUGCUAUUUCAGCUGUUUCAGGGGUACCCUCAGCUUCGACAUGUACUUGGCGACUUGCGCUCAACUCAGCAGAAGGAUGAGAGAUGUCCCAGCUUGGACACUCUCAAGGAUCUGUUCUCUAGGGCCGUCCUUGCGCUUGGCCAGCGUCGACUAACUUGCUUUAUCGAUGCUCUGGACGAAUGCGACGAGCAACAAAUGAUGGACAUGGUCCGAGAUUUUGAGGACUUGGCAGAAGAGGCGUCAACGAAAGGUAUUGCCUUUCGGAUUUGUUUGUCGAGUCGACAUUAUCCAUAUAUCGUCAUCAAAAAGGGACUGGCAUUGAUACUCGAAAAUCAGUCGGGCCACACACAAGAUAUGAAAAGAUACAUUCAAAGUCGUCUCCGAUUUGAUGAUCCCACCCUCGCCGAAGAUCUGCAAGCCGAACUUCUCGAAAAGGCUGCCGGGGUGUUUCUCUGGCUCGUCUUGGUUGUUGAUAUCCUCAAUACCGAGUACUCCCAGGGCGGACUGGCCUUGAAGAAAAGGCUCAUCGAGAUCCCGAACGACCUGGGCACCUUGUUCAGGGAUAUUCUCACGCGUGAUCGUAAGAACAUGGAACACCUGUGCUUGUGCAUCAUCUGGAUUCUCUGCGCCAAGCGGCCGUUACGACCCAGCGAGUUCUGUCAUGCACUCUGGUCUGGUCUAUCUCAGAACGGCCUUGUUGAUCCAAAUCUACCAGUGGUCACCGAACACAGCGCUAGGAGAUGUGUCAUCGGUUUCUCCAAGGGACUGGCAGAUGUCACCGAAUCUAUGCAGCCAACGGUCCAGUUCAUACACGAGUCUGUCAGAGACUAUCUUCUAAAAGGCGGGGUACUUCCUGAACUCUGGCCUGACUUAGGCUUUGAUUGGGAGCUCCUUAGCCAUGAGAAAUUGAAACUCUGCUGCAGCGCGUAUAUAAAUCAUUACUUAGCGUCCGGACAUGUUUUCAAAGAAUGCGAUACGACACAGUUUCCAUUCAUGGAAUAUGCAAGCCAGCAGAUUCUCCUCCAUGCCGAUGCUGCAGCCGCUGGCAUUUCCCAACACCAGUUUCUGUCUAAAUUCCCCCUCAAAGAAUGGAUUUCGAUCUUCAAUUGCUAUGAGAAGGUUGAGAUCCGUCACUAUACGUAUCAAGCCAGCUUAUAUUACAUAUGCUCAGUAAUGGACUGCUCGACGCUCAUUCCCAUGAUACAAGGCGGAGGUUGGCAAUGCCGUUCUGCGGACCGGUACAACUAUCCGCUGUUUGCUGCCUUGGCUCAUGGGAAUAGCAAAUCGGUCGCCGCCCUCUUCGGAAUGACCUCAAUCAUCUACGAAGGAAUGGACAUCAUGGAAGGCUUGCCACCCAGGGGAGACUUUUUUAACUUCGAACUAAGAACACCACUGUCUUGGGCUGCACAAGGCGGUCGGCUCGGGAUGGUCACGCUUCUUCUCCGAGCUAAGAAUAAUGUGAAUGAGCCUGACCAGGAAGGGUUCACCCCACUGCAUCGGGCUGCAGGACAUGGCCAUAAACCGGUUGCAAAGCUUCUCGUAGACAACGGGGCGGAUGUCGACGCCGUGGACAAAUAUAUGCGUACACCUCUGUUUCUUGCUGUUACGCAAGGCCGGGAAGCGACAGUGAAGACUCUAAUUGAGCACACCGCGGACACCAACGCCAGGAGCGACAAACACUUCUCUACACCGUUGUACGAAGCUUCAAGGGCAGGCUACAAGAUUGACCCACCGGAAGCAAUUGUCAAAGUUAUAAUCGAAAACGAAGCAGAAGUCAACUCCAAGCACGGAAAUUGUGACACAGCACUACACGUGGCUUCUAGUGUAGGCGAUAAGAGGAUCACCAAAAGUCUUGUCGAGAACGGCGCAGAUGUCAACGCUAUUAAUGAAGUCAAGAGGACUGCACUGCAUUGUGUUUGCAACGGGAAUGCGACAGAGGGUGAUCUCCAUGAAGACAAGGCCUCACGUGCCCUCCCCAUCUUCGAUGCGCAUGGUGGCCACCAUACAGCACUCCCAAAAGUCGAUCAGGUCAUCACCAACCUUCUCAUCGACGAUGGACCAGAUGCCAAUCACAGCAUCCACAGAGACAACGCAGCAUUAAAACUUUCUUCGUCAUUCACUCAUGAAAAGAUCGUUCGACUUCUUAUGGAGAAUGGAGCAUUUGGACAAGCAAUUGACAACCGUCAAACGAUGCGUAUGCACCCAAAGCUGAUACGUCCGCACUAUGCUACUGCCCAAUUCCUCCUUGACAACCAGGCAGCUCUUAAUGUAUUUGACAUCAAUGGCGACACUCCAUUGACAUUUGCUGUGUACGGUCGCGAUAGAGAACUACUCCAGCUGCUCCUUGAACAUGGAGCAGAGGUUGACCUCACAGGAGGCAGUCACACACCAUUGCUUAUAGCCAUACGAAUUCGACAAGAAGACAUGGUUGUGGAUCUUAUAAAGCAUGGUGCAAACGUAACGUUCUCAGAUUACACUGGAAUGACGCCACUUUCGGCAGCAAGGGAGGUCGGAUGCAGUGCUUGGCUGAUCAGGCUUCUUGAAAGGCUAAGCGAUAUCUGA